AUGGAACCACGAGCCCGCAUUCCGGCAACGCUGACGCAGUUUAUGAUUCGCAGUCAGCCCUCCCACAGUCGUGGCGAGUUUACCCUUCUCAUGAUGGCUAUCCAGACUGCGGUGAAGGUUAUCGAAAAGAACAUCCGCUCAGCGGGAAUGCAGGGUCUUUUUGGGUACUUGAACGAUGGUGGUUCUAAUGCCACAGGGGAUACACAAGCCAAACUUGACGUAAUAGCAAACAAUGCGUUCAAGGCAUACUUGAUGUCCUCAACGUGCGUCGCAUUCCUUGGGAGUGAGGAGGAGGAGUCCAUUGUCCUCGUGGAAAGUGAGCACCAAGGCCGCUACCUUGUUUUCUUUGAUCCACUUGACGGGAGCAGUAACAUUGACGCCAACGUCUCAGUCGGCUCCAUUUGGGGUAUCUGGCGGCUUUCGGACGAGGUCAAGGUAACGACACCGGAGGAGGCCAACGCGUACCUAACGCAACUCUCAGGGAAUAACCUUGUUUCCGCCGGCUACGCCAUGUACGGAAGUGCCACCAACCUUGUCCUCACCACCGGCCACGGUGUUGAUGGUUUCACGCUCGACUCCAGUGUGGGUGAGUUCAUCCACACGCAUCCCCACAUUACACUGCCAGUGGCUCGCCCGAUCUACAGUGUAAAUGAGGGAAAUUUCCGUCUUUGGGAUCCGUGGUUCAAGAGGUACCUGUGUUACAUCAAGGAGGAGUCAAAGAAGAUGUACACAGCACGGUAUAUUGGCUCAAUGGUGGCUGAUGUCCAUCGGACCCUGUUGUACGGCGGCAUCUUCUGCUACCCGAGUGACUCGCGAAAACCGAAAGGAAAACUGCGCCUGCUGUAUGAGGCCGCUCCGAUGGCGAUGCUCAUGGAGCAAGCGGGGGGCAAAGCUUCAACGGGAACGUCACGCGUACUCGAUGUUGUGCCGAAGAAACUUCAUCAGCGUGUGGCAGUGUACAUGGGCAGUAGGCACGAGGUGGACCUUUGCCUCUCCUUUCAACAGCAGAAGCCACAACAGAAGCAAAACAUCAGCAAAUUGUGA